CGUUAAGGGAAGGCCGUAGACGCAUAGUGAUGACGUCAUUAGAAACGCCUAAGACCACAGUGGCUCAGUGCGGGACAGACGCGUGCGGUGAUGGCGACAGAGGAUGAAAUUAGCCUCCUGGUCAUUGUGGUGGACGUCAAUCCGAUUUGGUGGGGAGAGCAAGCUCAGAGACAACCUGAGUUCACUCUGUCUAAAUGUCUGGAUGCGGUGAUUGUGGUAGCGAAUGCUCACCAGGUUAUGACUCGCACCAACAAACUGGCCAUCAUCGCCAGCCACUGCCAGGAGAAUCAUUUCCUGUUCCCGAGCAAGCGCUGGAAAGCAUGGGACGCCCCCGGGGAUCAGGCAACCGCCUCUGGGGGCGCCGACGGGAAAUACGAGCUGCUGUCCGUCUCCGACGACAUCAUCGCAGCCGAGAUCAGGAACCUCAUGGCCAGAACGCAAGUGAGAGGUCAUCAAACCGACACGCUAUUGGCCGGAUCCCUGGCCAAAGCUCUCUGCUAUAUUCACAGAGUCUCUAAGGAGCUGGAAGCUGGCCAAGACAUGAAAUCAAGGAUAUUGGUGAUCAAAGCAGCCAAGGAUUGCGCUCUGCAGUACAUGAACUUCAUGAACGUGAUCUUCGCAGCACAGAAACAGAAUGUCCUGAUCGAUGCCUGUGUGCUGGACUCUGAUUCGGGCCUCUUGCAGCAGGCUUGUGAUAUAACUGGUGGUCUCUACCUGAAGAUUCCACAGAAAACUGCUUUGGCCCAGUAUUUGUUGUGGGUUUUCCUGCCAGAUGCAGAUCAGCGUUCGCAGCUGGUGCUUCCUCCGCCAGUGCACGUCGACUACCGAGCGGCCUGCUUCUGUCACCGGAACCUCAUCGAGAUCGGCUACGUCUGCUCGGUGUGCCUGUCAAUAUUCUGCAACUUCAGUCCGAUCUGCACAACAUGCGAGACGGCGUUUAAGAUUCCUCUGCCCCAGAUGAUGAAACCGAAGAAAAAGAAGCUGAAAGCUGCAAACUGAUCUCCUCCUCCUCCUCCUCCUCCGGGGACGUGACCCUUUAAUCUUUGGAUACGUUUUUUCUUUUUUACUCCAAACCAUGAAAGCAGGCAUUUGAUUUUUAUACUCAACCUGCAUCAGGGGCAAGCGUUAAACAUCUGGAUGAUCAUUUCUGUUUGACACUUUUUUGUAUUGUAAAUAGAAAAUAAAUUUUUACUUCUA